UAAAGGGCCGGCGAGGAGAACCUUGAAACCACAAUUAACUCGAUUUAUCGAUCUGGCUGCCAUGGCGAUGCAAGUUGGAUAUCUUCUUCUGGGUUUCAUCGUCUUGGCCAACACAUUGGCUCAGUUUGAGACCGUGAGGGCCGAUUUCAACCGCACCAGCUUCCCCAAAGGUUUUGUUUUCGGCGCUUCUUCAGCUGCCUACCAAUAUGAAGGCGCCGUGAAUGAAGGUGGAAGAGGCAAAAGCAUAUGGGACACCUUCUCUCACAAAUACCCUUCAAAAAUAGAUGAUGGUAGCAAUGGAGACGUGGCUGAUGACUUCUAUCAUCGUUACAAGGAAGACAUUCAAUUCAUGAAUGGAAUGGGAUUGGAUGCUUUCAGACUCUCUAUCUCAUGGCCUCGAGUAUUACCUGGUGGAAAGCUAAGUGGAGGAGUAAACAAAGAAGGAAUUGCCUUCUAUAAUAACGUGAUCAACGAACUCCUCGCAAAAGGUGUACAACCUUUUGUCACAAUCUUCCAUUGGGAUCUUCCACAAGUACUAGAGGAUGAGUAUGGUGGCUUUUUAAGCCCCAAAUUUUUGGAUGACUAUCAAGAUUUUGCUGAGCUUUGCUUCAAAGAAUUUGGCGACAGAAUAAAACACUGGAUCACUUUUAACGAGCCCUAUGUUUUCAUUGGAAAUGGUUAUGACUUGGGUGGAUUUGCACCUGGAAGAUGCUCGGCAUAUAAAAACAAUAAUUGCCCAGCUGGGAAUUCUGCAACGGAGCCUUACAUUGCUGGCCACCAUUUGAUUCUCGCCCAUGCGAAAGCAGUGAAAUUGUACAAGGAAAAAUACCAGGCAACUCAAAAGGGCCAAAUAGGGAUCACCCUUGUGUCUCAGUGGAUGCUCCCUUACUCCAAUUCUAUACUAGAUAAAAGAGCCGCUUAUCGUGCACUUGAUUUUAUGUAUGGAUGGUUCCUUCACCCAUUGGUAUAUGGAGAAUACCCGCGAAUCAUGCGUGCCCUUGUAGCAAAUCGAUUACCAAAGUUCACUUUGGCUGAAUCUAAGCUGGUGAAAGGGUCUUAUGACUUUAUUGGACUAAAUUACUACACUGCAAAUUAUGCGGCUCAUAACCCUACUCCCAACAAAGUUAACAUCAGCUCCUUAACGGAUAAUCGAGUCACACUUACAACUGCUAAAAAUGGAGUCUCCAUUGGUAAACCAACUGGAGUAGGCAGCUUCUUCUCAGUUCCAAGUGGACUUAAAGAUCUUUUGAUCUAUGGGAAGGAAAAAUACCAGAACCCAACCAUUUACAUUACUGAGAAUGGGAUAGGUGAUUUCGAUAAUCAAACAGUCGCACAAGCGAUCAAAGACCCACAUAGGAUAGAAUUCUACCGCGAACAUCUUUCAGCCGUUCUUCAAGCUAUUUAUUCGGGCGUCGACGUGAAAGGUUUCUUUGCAUGGUCUUAUCUCGACACAUAUGAAUGGAGCGCUGGAUACACCUUGAGAUUUGGCCUUAAUUACGUUGAUUAUAAAGAUAACCAAAAGAGAUAUCCCAAAGACUCGGCUUAUUGGUUGAAGAAAUUCCUUCUCAAAUAAUGGAGUUGCUCAAAAGUGAGGGGACUACUUUGAUCGAUCUUGCCUUCUUUAGUAUCUUUAAGUUGUAAUGUGUUUCAAUAAAAUUAUGAAGACGUAGUACGUCUUUUGUAUCUUCGUAUUUUAUUUUCAAUGCUGUCAUAAUUAUUAUCUUUAUGCCUAAAUAAAUAGUCUGCACGUU